AUGGCAGCCUAUAAAGACUCAUUGCUGGCCAGAAUCUUUAAAGCACGGUACUUUGCGAAGGCUGAUCCUUUCUCAGCCACUCUUGGAUCGAGACCUUCAUAUGCGUGGAGAAGCAUUCACUCAGCCCAAAGGUUGAUGCGACAGGGUGCAAGAGUAGUCAUUGGUAACAGUCACCAUAACAAUGUUUGGCAAGAACAAUGGGUAGAGUGCAAGCCUGCAAGAGGGGUCCAAAAGACAAACCUCAGCUUAGGUCAAAAUGAAGGUUUAGUAUCAUCUGAUAUGAAGGUCGCAGAGUUGCUGAUUGAAGGAACAAGAGAAUGGAACAGACUGUUACUGGAGAGGUUGUUCCCACAAGAUGAAGUCGAGCAGAUUGAAAAGAUCAGGCCAGGAGGCACUCUUAGUGACGAUGUGUACGGAUGGGAGUAUACUAAAACAGGGCUCUAUAAUGUUAAGUCGGAUUAUUGGGUGCAGAAGAAUGUUUUGGAAGGGAACAUAGCGCAAGUACAAGUCUCCCAGCUAAGCAUUGAUAGUCUAUACCAAGCUAUUUGGCAGACGAAAACAAGUUCGAAAAUCCAACACUUCCUUUGGAAGUGCUUGAGUAACUCUCUACCAACCGCAGAGAAUAUGACCCAUAGACACAUAGCAAAAGAUGCGAGCUGCCCUCGGUGUGACUCUGGUCCAGAAUUGGAAAAUCAUUUGCUUUUCCAGUGUCCGUAUGCGAGGUUUAUCUGGACCCUUUCCCCGAUCUAA